CAGAGCCAGAGAAUAUGGGGCAUCUGUGGCCCUCCAGGCUGUUAUAGACUGCAAUGGGGGGCAGUGUGGUUUAGUGGUUAGAGCACUGGACUGGGACUGGAGGUUUCAAAUCAUGCCCCACAGCCAGGCCAUGUUCUUCUGGCCUCAUGAGGAGCCUCUUUUGUGGGGCUAGCGAAUCUGGGACUAGGCCACGUGGAAAGGGUCUAGCAGGGUGCGGCCUUCACGCCCCACAGCCAGGCAAAUUUAUUUCAUACCACACCAUAUGGCAGCCAUUUUGUGUUUUGCUAUGUUCUCAUUGGUAGCCAAUUGGUGGACUGGCCCAUGUAGCACUUUCCCAAAAUUGGUCUGGCUCCAUAUAAGGCAACUUCCUCUGUUCUUAUCAUAUGAAAUACCCCACUUUUUAUAUUAAUAGGAGCGCAGGAUGUUCUGCAUUUAUAUCCUAGGGGGGGGGCGCAAAUCUCAUGAGCGAUGUGUCCAAAUGUGUUUUUACACUUGGGGGGCUGCUGCGUCGCUUGUUCCUGAACCUUUUAUUCCUCCCAAAUGCCCUGAAGAUCCAUUGCACACCUUUGACUUGCAUGCAACCUCCUCUCUCUUAAUUUGCUCAGUGAACCAGACCGGGAGAAGGAGGAAUGAAGGAAAACAGAAAUCUGGCCUGAGAAGGGAGGUCCCUGUCAAGAGAAUGGCCAAGAUCUCCUCAGGCGAGGAUGAAAGGGGAGGCAGGGAAAAGCAAAGAGCCCCUGAAAACAUCCCCACACUCGGGAAGAAGUUGUCGGCCAAACCCCUGCGCGGAAAUGUAUCUGCAGGAAGACGGAUGUCUGCCAAGGUCUCCCCUGGUCCCCUCCUCUCCAAACCCCCCAUGCAGGUGAAAGAAGGCUCCCUGGUGGUCAGGUGGCUGAGAUUAGUGUCCGGGCUCCAGUUGUGUUCAUUCCUGAUAGAUAUUGUGGCCUGGAUUAUGUGCAUUGCGUCAACAGCCGUUGUCAACUGGCGAGUGUGGAGUGUGGAAAACAUCAAGGGAAUCGGCUCUGGAAACAUCUGGAUUGGAAUCUGGCAGGUCUGCUUUUGGAAAGACCCUUCUAACGACGGAAACUCUUUUUGGCAUUGCGAAGAUCUCAAUGAGCAGCAUCCAAGCCUCCCAAGGGAAAUUUUUAUUGCACAGGACUUAAUGGCAUUAGCUUCCAUUAUGAAUUCAGCGGCCCUUGGAUUGAUUUCAUUUGCCUUGUAUAAUGUGUUCGAGCCCAGAAAACAUAAGAAUUUUGUGUUAACCUUUUUUAGGCUUGCAGCUUUCCUGAACUUAGUUGCAGGGAUACUCGUCCUGAUUUCUGUGGUAUGGAACACGUCUGCCGUCUUACAUAAUGGGAAAAUUGUCUUCCCAGAAGAUUUUGAAUUGCCUCAAAUUCCCAGCGAGCAGCAUAUUGGACCUUCUAUUUACCUAGGCUAUAUCGCUGCAGGUUUCCAGCUGCUGAGUGCAGCAUUGGUUGGGAUUGAGAAAUUUUGCGUCAAGACCACCGCAACAGAUAAAUGUCAAAUAGCAACCGUAAGGCUGAUUACCCCAAGAAGCGCAGCAAAAAGCGAGAGUCUAACUACUUGUGGAAAGUGUGGUUCUCUGCUGGAUCUCGUAAUUGAAGAGAAAUACACAGAUGAGAUGGAGGAAAGCCGUGCGGAAGAUUUUGUCAUUCCAGAGGAAUCCUGCGAAGAGGAGAUGGAGGAAAGCCACACACCCCAAACCUCACCUGAAGGACAUCAAAGCCCACCUGAUGUUCCCAAACAUACAAUUAUAUAUGUGAUUCCCUACAACAGGGAGUGGUAAACUAUCAGAUCCAGAUCCAGGCAGAUCGUUCCAUACACGGAUGGAUCUGCGUGGAUCAGGAUCUGAUAGUUUUGUUUUGGGACUUCAGAUGGGCUUUGAUGUCCUUCAGGUGAGGAGGCCUCU